AUGAGGGGACUGCUGGGCAGCAGCUGGAGGACAUUUGGACAUGCUGGCAGGGGGACAUACGAGCGAUUAACUAGUGAACCAAGUCUGCCUCUUCUGGAGACCCAGCUGCAGGGCAGCCAGAAGAUAAGUUCCACCCAAGAAGAUGUGGAGCCUUUCCUGUGCAUCCUCCUUCCGGCCACCAUCCUGCUCUUCCUGGCCUUUCUGCUGCUCUUCCUGUACCGCCGCUGCAAGUCCCCGCAGCCCCAGGGGCAGGUUUUCAGCAUUGACCUCCCAGAGCACCCACCUGCAGGAGAGGUGACUGACUUCCUGCCCGGCUUACCCUGGAGCGGAGAGCAGGACGUCCCCUACUCCCCACUGCCCCCGGAGGUGGCCCUCCACUCGGCGUGUUUGCCACCUUCCUAUGAAGAGGCCACCAGGAAUCCUCCUGGGGAAGAGGCCCCGGACGCAGUACUUCAAUAUGAAGAGGGUUCACCUGGACUGGGUGAGAAAAAAUAA